AUGGGAGCCCAAGUUAUGCAACAAAUGAAACCACCGAUGGUGCUUGAGGGCAUAUAUGAGCCACUUGACCGAGAUAUCAUUGGCACGGGAGCAGACGGUACAAUCAGCCUGGUGCGGCGGGUUACAGACGACCGGACUCUAGCCGCAAAAUGCUUUCGACCAAGGCCGACUGCGGUCCCUGAGGACGAAUACUACAGCAGCAUCCGGUCCGAGCACUGGCUAUCUUCACGACUUCAGCACCCCAACAUCAUACAGGUGUUCGACCUCAUCGAAGGCACACGCUCCCCAUGUGAGAUCAUGGAAUAUUUUCCUAUGAAUCUAAGACAAGUUUUACACACAGGCACGCUGUCUCUGGGGCAGAUCGACUGUAUCUUCUACGACAUGCUCUUGGCGGUGGCAUACAUGCAUAGCAUGGGAUAUGCUCAUCGAGAUUUAAAACCUGGGAAUAUUAUGAUUGAUAAACACGGUUGGGCCAAGUUGAUAGAUUUUGGCACCGCGAGUGCCAUUCAUGAUCCUCUCAACGGCAAAGCAAUAAGAAUCCAUGGAGUCUGGGGUUCUUCAGAGUAUUCAGCACCAGAAUGCCACGGCGAAAGCACAUUCGAGGGUAUGCCUGCGGACAUAUGGUCUUUAGCGAUGGUCUACAUCUUCGCUGUCACCACAGAGGAACCAUGGACCUCGGCGACGAACAGAUCCAGUGUAUUCUCGCGAUGGGUGAAAUGGAGGACUAUUUUGAAGGCUCACGGCUCCCACGUGGAUGCCGUCGCUGCUAAUUCUCUGGGUACUGAGCUAAAUUUCGUCUCGCAUCUGCCCAAGGAUAGUGUCGAGCUGAUCCUGAGGAUGACCGAGGAAGAUCCGAAUCUGCGACCUACAUGGCAGGGUAUUUUCACAACUCCCUGGAUACGAAAUUUAUCUCGGUCGUGUACAGUACAUGAUUAG